AUGCUUUUCACCAAGACCUUCCUCUGCAACCUCGACUGGGAUAGCGUGACGCGCGCCUUCUAUCGCAUGUACCCCUCGAAGUACUACCCGCACGUGAAGGAAGUCCACGUCAUCGACCAUGAGCUGGUGCCGGAGAAGCGCCAGCUUCGGGUGCGCCGCAUUGCCAGGGUGAAGUACGACCUGCCCUCGAUCGUCCACUACAUCGUGGGGCCUAGCAUCGAGUACUUCGUGCUGGAGGACUCUGUCGUGGAUUUGGGUGCUAGAUGCCUGUCGCACAGAACGUUCGGGUUGACCAUGAAGGACUCGUACACUUACAACGAGACGGCGACUAUACGGGCGACGCCAAACGGCCAGUCCGAGUACAGCAGCUCAACGGACUUCGGGAUCCUUGCCUUCGGCUUCCUCAACUCCACGCUGGAAGCUGUAAGUCCGCCAAACCGCGUGCUUUUCAUCAGCCAUCUCCAGGUUGCGCGCCGUGUGGUGAGUGACUUCUCCAAGACUGAGGCCCACCAUAAGGCGCUGAUGCAAGCCGCUGCGCGCCUCGGUGACUAG